AUGUCCGCAGAGAGCCUCUACCGCGAGGCCGAGGGCAAGAUCAACAGGUUUUUCUUCAAGGACCCUGAAAGGGCGAUGGAGCUGUUUGAGGCGGCCGCCGCGCGGUUCAAGACGGAGAAGGAUUACAACCGUGCCGGGGAGGCAUACAUGCGGGCCGGUGACUGCGCAGUGAAGUGCAAAGACAAGCUCUCUGCCGCUCGGUCCUACGCGAACGCCGUCAGUGCGUACAAGAAAACGGACCUGAAACUGGCAGUCCAAAUGCUGGAUGUCGCCAUCACCCUGCAAAUUGACAACAAUACGUUGAGCGGUGCCGCGAGGUUGGAAAAGGAAUUUGCAGAGGCGCUUUGCGAAGCUGGUCAGACGAUGGAGGCAAUCCCCCAUUACGAGAAGGCCAUACAAUACUUCGGCGCGGAGGACAUGAAUAGUCAAGUCAAGGCCUGCACUGUUGCCAUGGCAAAAAUAUAUGGUGAAAGCGACAUGUUUGAUAAGGCCCUGUCGCUUUAUGAGCGGCUCGGUAACAUAAGUGUGGACGGUCCGCUGCGCCACGAGGCGAAGGAGUUUUUUAUGCGGGCCAUGCUUUGCCGCUUUGCCGCCGUCACAGAUGAUAACCGCCUUGAAAAAAGUGCUGAGGCGUCGGAGGCGCUUGACACCUACAUGGUGCGCGACAAGUACUUGAAGAACACUCGUGAGGCGGAGUUCCUUCAGAUGUGCGCCGAGGCGGUGGAAGGGGCUGACAUGGAGAAGUUUGAAACGGCUGUCUCCCUCCUUGACGAGCUCCGCAUGUUGGAUGAGUGGAAGACCCACGUUUUGCUUGCGAUCAAGAAGAAUAUGGAGAGUAUUCGGUGA